AUUGCAACCCCUCCUCCUCCUCUCCUGCAAGCUCACACACUAGCUUAGCUUAGCCACCUCACUCACUAGCUCACUCUAGCUCGAGCUCCACUUCGUUGGAAGCCACCACGCCACGACGGCGACGGCGGCGGCGAGGAGGAGGCGGGCAUGAUGAGCGGUAGGAUGAACGCGGCGGGGGACGAGUCGCCGUUCCCGUUCGGGGCGAUGCAGGCGCCGGGGCCGGGGGCGUACGUCGGGUUCGACCAUGGCGCGGCGGCGGUGGCGGCGGCGGCUGCGGCGGCGCAGCGGGCGGGGAUGCUGCAGCACCACCACCACCACAUGUACGACGGCUUGGACUUCGCGGCGGCGAUGCAGUUCGGCGGCGGGCAGGACGCGCCGCCGCACCCGCAGCUGCUGGCGCUGCCGCCGAGCAUGGCGGCGCCGCCGCCGCCGCCCAUGCCGAUGCCGCUGCAGAUGCCCAUGACGAUGCCGAUGCCCGGAGACGUGUACCCGGCGCUCGGCAUCGUGAAGCGCGAGGGCGGGGGCGGAGGUCAGGACGCCGCCGCCGGGAGGAUCGGGCUCAACCUCGGCCGCCGGACCUACUUCUCCCCCGGCGACAUGCUCGCCGUCGACCGCCUCCUCAUGCGCUCCCGCCUCGGCGGCGUGUUCGGCCUCGGCUUCGGCGGCGCCCACCACCAGCCACCUCGCUGCCAGGCCGAGGGCUGCAAGGCCGACCUCUCCGGCGCCAAGCACUACCACCGCCGCCACAAGGUCUGCGAGUACCACGCCAAGGCCUCCGUCGUCGCCGCCUCCGGCAAGCAGCAGCGCUUCUGCCAGCAAUGCAGCAGGUUUCACGUGCUCACGGAGUUUGAUGAGGCCAAGAGGAGCUGCCGGAAGCGGCUGGCGGAGCACAACCGUCGCCGGCGGAAGCCGGCGGCGGCGGCGACGACCGCCGUGGCGGCGGCCAAGGACGCGGCGGCGGCGCCGGUAGCCGCCGGGAAGAAGCCUAGCGGCGGCGCCGCCACGUCUUACACCGGUGACAACAAGAACGUGGUGUCCAUGAGCGCGGCCAAGUCGCCCAUCUCGUCGAACACCAGCGUGAUCAGCUGCCUGCCCGAGCAGGGCAAGCAUGCGGCGGCGGCGGCGAGGCCGACGGCGCUCACGCUCGGCGGCGCGCCGCCGCACGAGAGCUCCGCGCCGCAGAUCGGCGCCAUGCUCCAUCACCACCACCAUCACCAGCAAGACCACAUGCAGGUGAGCUCCCUGGUCCACAUCAAUGGCGGCGGCGGCGGCGGUAGCAACAACAUCUUGUCGUGCUCGUCGGUGUGCUCCAGCGCGCUGCCGUCGACGGCGACCAACGGCGAGGUAUCAGACCAGAACAACGACAACAGCCACAACAAUGGCGGCAACAACAACAACAUGCAUCUGUUCGAGGUCGACUUCAUGUAGAGCUUUACCUUAGCUUAGCUACUUCAAUUCCUACUCGAUCCUACCAUGUGUUCGUGUCAUUUCACCUCUUGUGUAGCUAAAAGUAAAAAAAGAAGGGAGAGCAGAAAAGGGUAUAACUUCCAGUACGUUUGCAUCAGCCAUGAACCAAGUGAAGAGAAGAAAAAAAAAAAGAGGAGCAAAAAAGAAGGUAAAAAAAAAAGGAAAAGCAGCAAGGAUUCCAACAGCUAGGAUCAAACUUUUUUUUCUUUCUAGCUACCCUGUUGCACUGCAAGCAGCAUGCAUGCAUGCCUUCUUUCUCAGCAGCUUUCUGUUUCACUUGGGGAAUAAUGUGGUUUGUGUGUGUGAGUGAGUGUGUUCUUGUUCAUCUCAUCUUAGUUAUUAAUUUCAAUAUUAUUGUUGCAACUUGCAAUGAAGCUAGGUUGUACCUGUUCUUGUUAUUGUUGUUGUUUCUAUCAUGCAUAUGCAAAGCUCCUAUAUAUGCAAUUAAUUAACAGAUAUCAGAGUUUCA